CAGAUCAUAUACUGGUGUAGGAUAAGCGAAACGAAUUUGGAAUCUAACACGGGUCUAACAUGGCUAUAAAAGUUGUCAACAUCUCGAGUGUUUGCCAACGCUUCGUCUAUCUGGUUCUUGUAUGUAUGGCUGCCUGCUCGAAACCUGUGCUAAUGGACAGCGAUUUUAACAGUCUGCAAAACCCGGAAACCGAAGCUUUUUAUGAAGCAUGGUGGCCCCUCUGUCAACAGUUUUGCGGACUAGUUAUUGGACCUAUGGUGCGCUUGGCCUGCUUCACACACAGUUUAAUGUCCCGAACCCGGACGCCCUUUCUUGAGAAGCCUUAUUCCGCGAUGUUUCUGAGCAACCGUCUGGCCUAUAGACUGCGCCCGGGGAUUAUAAGCGAAUGCUGUUAUAUGCAGUGCACGAUAGAGGAAUACGCCAACUACUGCAUUAUACAGAGCGAAAAACUCGAACAUGACAACGUUGACCCAUAUUGUCGCAUACACUGAAAUCAUCAGCGGUUGGACGAUUAAAGUAACAGACGCUAGUUUUUAAACACUACCACGUAUUUUUCACUAUUAAAGUCGUUUUUGAUCAUUUAAAUUAGAAGUACCGGUACUUACAUUUUAUUGUUGAGAAUAUUAAUUUUCGUAAAUCUGAAGUGGCUCUGGUCAUCCAGGGUUUUUAACUAAUCCCAAAACGUAUUUUUCAUAAUUCUAAAAACGCACGUUCGUCUGAGAUAUAAUGGUUAUCGAGACUAGCUGUAGUUAUUUUUAGAUGGUAUUUGUCUGUUUAAACAUCACAGACUUUAGCUUCUCUCUGUUAUAACCUUCUCCAAAUGUGUGUUGCAAGUUCGUAGAUUAACUGAAUACAGUGUCCAUUUUCAAGGACAAACUAGCAUCUGCGCCUUUAAUUAAAAUCCUAUUUGUGAACAUUUUAAAUACUAAAACGAAAUGUUGUCUUGUACCGCAAAAUAAGCUUUAAGCAAGUCCAGAUAGACCAUGUAAUUUGUAAAAAUGCAUCAUGCAAAUGAGGCUUGGUAAUACUAGCGUCCUGUAGCGCAAUACGUUUAGAGGUUUUUUGUUGUUGUUUUGGGUUUUUUUUAAAUCUUUAUAUAUAUAAAAUAAUUUUGUAGUGUUAUUAGUAAGUAUGUUUCAUAUUUAGUUAUAAGGAUUGUCUGUUAUUUCAUUUACGUUCAUCUGGAUAUGAUCAAAUCAAAAUCAUCCGCAAACUUUCACAGAGAAGGAGUCUCAUUAAUAUACACGAUAGCUCUUAAUAUGCAAACGCUUGCAUGACGUCACAGGUCAGCAAUGUAGAGGAAUGGUUGGCGGAUUUUGUGCUCUCACUGCAAGUGUUGACUAAUUCAUUAAUUAAGCUAGAACAAUGGAUAGUAAUCACUGCCUUAUAUUGAAAGCAGCGUGAGACACGUGACCGUUGUAUGAAUGGAAUGACCAGUUGGACAAAAAUCGAUAUUGGAAACAUCCGAGUUUGUGCGACAGUGGAGUUGUUUUAACAGGGCAGAGUUCAGCCAAGUUUUUUGUUCUUUUAUUGCGUUUUACAACUUAUCAGCAUUAUAAGAAUGGAAAACAUCAAUAUAUACAAAAGUGCGGACCAAUGGUGGAGAGUGACUUGCAGACAAGUACAUACAAACAACUAAUAUAAGAAGCAUUAUAUAUGUGCAUAUAAUUUAAUUUGCUUGUACAAGUAAUUGUUCUCUAAAUCGGUUCGCCUGUUGUAAGAAGUUGCAAAGAUUAUUUAUCUCCUUAUUGUUUUCAGUUGUCAAGAGUUGUAUCAGUCUGAAGGCACUGGGGUGGUUGAAAUAGUAUUUUUAAAUAAAUUUAUUUCUUAAUAUUUCAUAUCGUGGACACGAAAGGAUAAAAUUAAAAUCAUCCUCAAUCUCAUAAUGUAACAUAGUGUACAUAUCCUUUGUGUCCUCUCGGGCAAAACAAAUGUCCGCUAGGUUUUUGUAAAUGGUCACGUCGGGAACCAAUCAAAUAGUUCGCGAAUAUGUGUCCAUCUCAGUAUUUAUUUUGUUUUUCUUUUCGAAUGGUUAUAUUGAAUGGUUUUCUUUAUUUCUGUUGAUAAAAAAUGGACUUGUAUUGAUUUCUUUUUUUGCUAGACCAUGUUGGAAUAUUUUUAAUUUAAAAUUCUGAGGUUUUAAAAGAUGUGAUUGUUUGAAUCGUUACAGUUUAUUAAAAUAUUGUUUGUAAGAGCUGUAAAACAGUGGAUUAAAAUUAAUAAACUUCUUUUUAAAUUGA